ACUUAACAUGUGAUCCUCUGCUCUCCGUGCGCAAAGCAGGUCUCCAUGCCCUCCCGUUCCUAGCGGAAGACCGGCGCGACAAUGACUAUCCAUGUCGAGGGGCUUGUGGCUAUCGCGCUCUUCUAUGUGCUGAUCCUGUUCGUGGGCAUCUGGGCGGCAUGGAAGAACAAACACUCCGGGGAGGCGGAGGGCACCGACCGCAGCGAAACCAUCAUGGUCGGAGGGAGAGAUAUUGGGUUAUUUGUCGGGGGAUUUACCAUGACAGCGACCUGGGUUGGAGGUGGAUACAUCAAUGGCACAGCUGAAUAUGUGUAUCUACCGGAUUAUGGCUUGGCCUGGGCACAAGCUCCUUUUGGAUAUGCCCUCAGUCUUGUUGUGGGUGGUCUUUUUUUCGCUAAGCCCAUGCGCUCACGCGGCUACGUCACCAUGUUGGACCCCUUCCAGCAGCUGUAUGGGAAACGUAUGGGUGGCCUCCUUUUCAUACCUGCACUCAUGGGUGAGAUCUUCUGGUCUGCUGCCAUCUUAUCCGCCCUUGGUGCUACUCUGAGUGUCAUCGUGGACAUCAACAUUAAGAUGUCCGUGGUUAUCUCGGCACUCAUUGCAAUCUUUUACACCCUGGUUGGAGGACUUUACUCUGUGGCCUACACUGACGUAGUGCAGCUCUUCUGCAUCUUUCUUGGCCUGUGGAUCAGUGUCCCCUUCGCUUUGACCAACCCUGCGGUGUCAGACAUUACCGUUACUGCAGUGAAGCAUGUGUACCAGUCGCCCUGGAGAGGCAGCAUCCAGAAGAGCGACCUCUGGGUCUGGAUUGACAACUUCUGCCUCCUGAUGCUUGGAGGAAUACCGUGGCAGGUGUAUUUCCAGAGAGUCCUGUCUUCCUCCUCGGCUACCUAUGCCCAGGUCCUCUCUUUCCUGGCUGCUUUCGGGUGCCUCGUCAUGGCUGUGCCCUCCGUUCUCAUCGGGGCCAUCGGGGCCUCUACAGACUGGAACCAGACAACUUAUGGUGCCAUUCCUCCUAAAGAGAAGGACCAAGCAGACAUGAUUCUACCCAUCGUGCUCCAGCACCUUUGCCCGCCUUUUGUCUCUUUUUUUGGCCUGGGUGCAGUGUCUGCGGCUGUCAUGUCAUCUGCAGACUCUUCCAUCCUUUCAGCAAGCUCCAUGUUUGCAAGGAACAUCUACCAGCUCACCUUUAGACAGUCGGCGUCUGACCGUGAGAUCGUGUGGGUGAUGCGGAUCACUAUCUUUGUAUUCGGCGGCCUUGCCACGUUCAUGGCGCUGGUUACCGGGACGGUUUACGGACUUUGGUACUUGAGCUCAGACCUGGUUUACGUCAUCAUCUUCCCCCAGCUGCUCAGUGUGCUCUUUGUCAAAGGCACCAACACGUAUGGCUCAGUGGCUGCCUACGUGUUUGGCAUGUUGCUGCGUAUAGGUGGAGGUGAACCCUACCUGAGGCUGCCUCCUUUCAUUUAUUAUCCUGGCUGGAUCACUGAGCAGCGGAUACACCACAUGACUGGAGAACUGGAAGAAAUCGUCAUCCAGAAGUUCCCCUUCAAGACCGUCUCGAUGCUCGCCUCCUUUCUGGGUAACAUUGCUUUCUCCUACCUGGCAAAGUACCUGUUUGAGAGUGGCAAGAUUUCACACAAGUACGACUUUCUCGACGCAGUGGUGUCCAAGCACAGUGGAGAGAUUAUGGAUAAGACGACGCUUGUAACUCGUGGCAACAACAUCGGGCUGUCAGAGAUGACGCCCGUCAAACCGCGGCUGAGUGUGACCUUGGCGGCCGCGUUCACACGCCGUGACACGCUGCCGACAGAAACAGUAGAGGAGGAGGAGGAAGAGUCCAGCCCCGACUCCUCCCACCUUGAUGAAGAAAAACUCCGCAUAAAAUAAGAACCUGACCACGUGACUGAACUGCCAGAGAACUGGUUCGUCUGUCAGAAACUCCAAAAACAAGAAGAUACAACUCAGAGACAAGAAGCAAACAUCCUUUUUGGGACCACAAAGUACCACAUCCCACUUUGUGGUGAUUGAAUAACAGCCACAUGUCAGGAUAUAUAGUGCAGCAGCUUGCUGAUUGUCCGGACAUUACGUUGUCUUUCUGUGAAGUACAUCAAACAAACACACGCUCAUAUAGUACUUAUAAAUAGUUGGGUGUACUGUAUAUUCAUCCCCGUUUGAACUGAUUUGGAGAUAUACUUCAAGUCUCUUAAUUAGAUUAAUUUUAGUUUCUAUCACUAAUGACAAAGCAGACCGUUACCAAACUGCAGAUGAGUGGAGAGAUGCUGCGUACAGCGGUGAAAUGUUUAAUCAGAAAUAUGACAAGAAACGAAACAGAUGACUGGUACUUUAUAAGAAACAACUGACAGCACAACCAUAGUGUGGAAGGGAAGGUACUUACUAAUGUAUGUACCAAUUAGAUAAAAGCAAUAACAUGAUACAUACACUUUAACACCUGUACAGUAACUGUUAUACAAAUCUAAUUGCGAGAGAGUGGAAGUAAAAUAGAUGAACAACUUGAAAUGAUGGAAAACAGGAUAUUUUAUAUCUUCAAAGUGUCAUAUCAAGCCAGUUGGUUUUGUUAUGUGUAUCCUAAUUCACAUUUGUUGCACUGAAAUGACUGGGUUUUGAUAUAUAGAUUAAUUAACAUAUAAAAAGUAAUGUCAUAAAAUAAAAUGCAUCACCACAAACUAAUUUUGUUUAAUACACUUUUGACAAGCAAUCAUGUCUCUCCAUGUAUAUUAUUAAUUAUUACUGAUGAACACAUUAUGACUGUGAAUCAAGAAAGAAACAAUCCAUGUAUCAGCCGAGUAGAAAAAUAUACAAGCUGUAGUAAUGGUAGUUGACUUGAAGCAUUAGCUAAUAUUCUCUUUAAUGUCAGUUUUAAUCAUAAGAAUAAGUGUAAAUUAGUGUUUAAAAUGAUCUGGUAUUUUAACUGCCUUAAUGAAGCUCCUAAGAAGAGAUACUUUUAAUUACCACAGUUUUGACUGGACUCUAGUCAGACUGCAGUGAACAAAGACUUGAAUAUGAAUGUAGCCUCUACAAAAGAUCUAAUUAUAUCAAGUAGUGUACUUCUACUGCUGUUUGUGUAUGUUUUUGUUUGUGAUUUUGCAAAGUCCAACAGUAACUGUUGCAGAACGACGUGGCGGCAGGUUCUGAUUUAACAAAUCUGUUCUUUAUUUGUUGUUAACAGCAGUGUACAGAUUAUUUUCUCUGUGACGUGUAUGUUUGUAUAAAUAUGGAGAAAAAAGCUAUAUAUAAAUAUAUCACAAAUAAUGCCGGUUAAAAUAUAUUCAUAUAAG